UGACGCCGACCAAUUAGAUCCGUUCUCUUCAGCGUAAACGGAAGUGAACAUUGACCAACAACACUUUCGUACCUUAGUGUUUUUAUUGUUGUUAUUUAGACGUUUAUUAACACCCUGGAACUCAGAAUAUGACUAAUUUAACUGCAUAGCCUCACAUACGUACACCCAGGUAGUAUAUAAUUCGCGUUGGAGACAGAACUUGGUUGGCAGAUAGUAAUGCUAGGUAACUUAGCUGCUAACAAUGGCUAAAUGUAUGGUUUUUCACACUCAAAUAGCCUCCAUUAUGGAGGUGCUAGCGAAUGCAGCCGUGGCAGAGAUCUGUAAACUCGUCGACGACGACUACGCAGUGUUUCGUUUGGAAAUAACUCAAAGCCAGAAAGAAAAUAGGACAUUGCAGAGGAAACUACAGCUACUUGAACUGAAGGUGGCACGGGAGCGCGCAGAGAGGACAACUCGAGAGCGCGCCCUAGCUAGUCGUCCCAGUAGUGUCAAAAUCCUCGACCGAUACAGAGGAAUGGCAAGAGGUGAAGGACAUCUCACUGGAGGCCACAGGAGCUUUGUGAAGCCAGUAGGACACAACGUGUGGAGAGAUGACCAACCAAUAGCUAUAGAUGAGGGCAGUGGAACCUCCACCCAGCAUGUUAUCGUGAAAGCGUCUGCAGAUGCAGAGGCUGCAGGUCCUGGGUUCAAGCUGGAAAUGUAUGAAGGAAAGGAGGACCCACCGCACAGCAGAGACAUCCAGACCGGAGUGCUUGCUGUAGCCACGGAGGACCCCACCCUCGCCCCAGCACUGCCCAGGGCCCAAUGCAGCAUGACGGAGGUCAGUGGAACGCUGAACACCGUCCUCAAGUCAGAGACAGACACUGAGACUUUAACGGUGCUGGAGCGAAGGGGCUGUCCUCCUGCUCCCCGCACAGAGUAUUUAGGUUACGGGAGCCCAAGGACGGCUCUGUUCCAUCAGGACUCAGGUGAUGCGUUACAGACUGGCAAUGAUCCGUCCUGUUCAUACGCUACAGAGAUGAUACCUGGUGACAUGCCUGUGGGCUUAGAUACACAGACUAAUUCAAUGAGAGGGGACUGGAACCGGUACAAUAGUAGUGUCUACUCUGAAAUGUGUCUAGAUAAGAAAGGGGAGGGUCUGGUCAUAGAUGAGGUGACUGUGAAAGUGGAGGGUGAUGCUCUUCUGACAUGGAAUGCAGACCAGACUCACUUAGGAGAAGGACACUCUCAGGAAAACAAGAGUGACUUCUUAGACUACAGGGAAAGCUUAGAGCCAAAUCCAAAUAUUGCAACCCACUCCCCUUUACACACGCUCAAGGAACGCGACCCAGUGUCCACGUCUAUGGCACCUUCCGAUUCACACAACCAUGCCCUUAUCGAUCAGGUAUUGAACUCAAACGACAAGACUAGAGCCCUGGCCCAGGGAGGGGGAGCAACAUCAGGCGUUAAUAAGGAGAAACGGUUCUUCUGCAUGUUCUGUAACAAAGGCUUCAACUGCCCUCAGAAGGUGGAGAUCCACCAGAGGGUCCACAUAGGGGUGAAACCCUUCAGCUGUACCCAGUGUCACAUGCGCUUCUCCCUGGCUUGGAACCUGAAGAUCCACCAGAGGGUCCACACAGGGGAGAAACCUUACAGCUGUACCCAGUGUCACAUGCUCUUCUCCCACUCAUCCAGCCUGAAGAGACACCAGAGGAUCCACACAGGGAAGAAACAAUUCAGCGGCCCCUAGUGUGGGAAGACGUUCUCCCACCAGAACCAGCUGAUGAUGCACUUGAAGUUUCACACUGGAGAAAGGUCGUUUGCCUGUAUGCACUGCGGGAAGAGGUUCCCAGAGAGGAGCUACCUCAGGAUACAUAAGCAGAAAAAACAUUUGACUGUAUAAUAUAGAAAGUAACCAUUCCACUCGAUAGCUUCUGACAUUUAGAUCAAACCCUGCAUUAAAGACAGAUAGAUUUUCAUUUGGAAUAACAAGAGUAACAUAUUUCAGUGUUGAAUAUUCCUGUGUAGAAUAUUGCAUUGAGACAGUGGCCGUGUCCAAAUACCCAUACUAGCGUACGACAUACUUAAACUGCAUACUAAUUUCGGCAUUGGAUCUAGUAGAAUUCACUCACCUUUUCCCACUCACGUGUUUGACAACAGCUGAUCAUCAGAUAAAUGAAUGCUCUGUACCAAAAUGAAUGAAUGGCGGGAGUCUACGUAAUCACACAAUAGAUUAUGCAUUCAGUGUACUAUUUUCAACAUUUCAUAUACUAUAGAAUUGUAUUUUUCAGCAUACUAUUUAGUAGGCUACUAUGGGUAUUUGGACACAGGCAUUGUGUGAUUUAAGGAAUAUAUAAGCCUAAAAAGUCUGUUACAUAUCGUGUUUGUACUGUGUAGGCUAUAUGAUGUUCACAAAUGCCUAUUUCAUUACUUCCAUUCAACUACUUGAUUUUUUUCCCCAAGACACUUUUCAAUGAGAAAAAUAAUGCAGUUUGUCAAGUUCAUGCAGAUUUUUUGUUGAGACUUUUUGGGGUCAUUUUAGCAGAUGCGGUUAUCCAAAAUCUUACCAUUUUUGCAUUCAUCUUAAGAAAGCUGGGUGAGACAACCACAACACAGUCGUAGCAAGUACAUUUUUCCUCACUAAAGUACUUAUCAGCAACGUUCGGGCAGGGACUCUUCUGUCUUAACUUCAGGGGGAAGCUGGUUCCACCAUUGGAGUGCCAGGACAGAGAAGAGCUUUGACUGGUCUGAGUGGGGGCUGAUCCCUCAUAGGGGUGGGACGGCCAAGAGACAAGAGGAGGCAGAACAGAAUGCUCAGGUUUGGGUGUUGGGUUUGAGCAUAGCCUGAAGGUAGGAAAGGGCAGUUCCCCUUGCUGCUCUGUAGGCAAGCACCAUGGUCUUGUAGUUGAUGCAAGCUUUGACUGGAAGCCAGUGGAGUAUGCUGAGGAGUGGGGUGACAUGGAAGAGUUUAGGAAGGUUGAACACCAGGUGUGCUGCGGCAUUUUGUAACAGUAUUUUUAUUGGAAUUUCACAAUUCACCCAUAUUAAGAGAUACAACAACAGAGACAAAACACACAAAAAAAAACAGCACUCACUUACGCAUAUAUAUAUAUAUACAUACACACACACACACACAUGCAUGUACACACAUACAUACACACACAUGCAUACAUACCACACACACCCAUACAUAUGUACACCAUUUUCCUUUUCCCGCUCGAUGCUUCUCUCACCCCAUCCCCAUCAUUGCGUCUCUCAAUACAUACAUUUUAAACAAACUUACAAACAGAAAUUAAACAAAUGCUCAGUUUAAACCAAGAAGUUAGGUUCCACACAUGGAACGUACAGUGUAGUUCUGAAAUGCAUAGAUCCCCGCCAUUCUAAGAGAAUCCUUGCAGCAUAAUAGCUGAUACCUCAGGUUCUAGGUAAUUUAGAUAAGGUUCCCAUACUUUGUAGAACUGGUCUGUUUUAGAAUGCAAUGUACAUGUCAGAUAUUCCAGAGGCACCCAUUCAAAUAGUAUCUUAUGCCAAUCUGUAAUAGAAGGAACCUUAUCACUAAUCCACUGUAAAAGGAUGUUUUUCCUCGCUGCGAAGGUAAGGAUGUUGUAAAGCCUCCUUUUACCCACAGAAGUAACAUGCCUACUAGGGAGACCUAACAGUAAAGAAACUGGGUCCAAUUCUAGAUCAACCCCUAGGAUCUUUUCAAUUUCUUGCAGAACACCAGACCAGUAUCUUUGUAUUUUGGUACAUGACCAUAAACAAUGUGUUAGGGUGCAUGUAUCAGUUUUGCAUUUAAGACACUGAGGGGAAGAGGAAGUGGGGCUAAAAGCAUGUCUGCGAUUUGGGGAUAUAUGCAAUCUGUGUAUUAUUCUUAAUUGGAUUGCUCUAGUACAAUUACAUAUAGAUAUUGUUUUUGCAUAUCUCCAAAUGUCCUCCCACAUCUCUUCGUCAAUAGUAACAGACAAUUCUUUCUCCCACACUUGUUUCACCCUCUGUGUGUUGACAGCAGAAAAGGACCUUAAAGUAUCAUAAAACAGACUUAGACAUUUUCCUUUAUGGGGAAAAAAAGCAUUCUUUCAAUGACAGACACAUCAGGGUUACCAAUUAAGGUGGUGCUCUUCAGAAUAUAAUGUCUUACUUGUAGGAAGCGGAAAAAGUCCUGCUUUGGGAGUCGAUAUUUCUCGACCAUCUGCUCAAAUGACAAAAUCUUAUAAGCAAAUAAGUCAUUUAGCCUGCGUAUGCCCGUAUUAAGCCAAAAGUUAAAGCCAGCAUCCAGCAAUCCUGGACUGAAAUCUGGGUUGUUAAGAAUUGGGGUAAGAGCAGAGGUUAGUUUAGACCUUCCCAGGAAGCGUUGAACUGACCUCCAUACUUUGAGUGUGUUAAGUGUAACGGGAUUAUUGCAGUGAUCUUCUACAGACUUGAAGCUUCUGAAAAAUAAAAGAUCCUGUAAGGGGUAUUUUGAAAUAGAAGUCUCAAUGUCUAACCAAAUAGAGGAGUCAUCAUUUGUGAUCCAGUCAGAAAUAUAACAAAGGUGGGCACACCAUUGAUAGAACCUGAUAUUGGGCAGGUCCAAGCCGCCCAUAGAACUUGGCAGCUGCGAUAUUGCCAUCUUAAGUCUUGGCUUGCGUUUACUCCAUAUAAAAGGAACUUAGCCAUCCAUUUACAUCCUUUAUUACCUUAUUGGAGAGUAAUACUGGGAUCAUUUGGAUUGGGUAAAGUAGUCUAGGUAAAACGUUCAUUUUCAAGAGGGAUAUUCUACCCAACCAAGAAAUCGGGAGAGAGUUCCAGCGCUCCAGAUCCUGUCUUAUUGUAUCAAACAAGGGAACAAAAUUGGCUUUGUACAUUUGCUGGAAUUUAGGAGUUACAAAUAUACCCAGAUACAUGAAACCUGAGGGAGACCAUUUAAAAGGGAGGGGGGAGAAGUAUUAGGUACAGAGUGUAGGCUACCAAGUGGCAUAGUCUCUGACUUAGUUAGGUUAAUCUUGUAGCCUGAGAAUUCGCUGAAUAAUUCAAUAAUAUUAAUAAGAGAUGUAAUUGAAGUCUCGGGACUAGAGAUGAAUAUCAGGACAUCAUCAGCAUACAAGCUUAUUUUAUGGUGAACAUCACCAAUGAGCAGCCCCUGUAUAGCAGGCGUUACCCUGAUGGCCUCGGCCAGUGGUUCCAUAACGAGUGCAAAGAGGAGAGGGGAUAAAGGACAGCCCUGUCUGGUACCUCUGUGUAUAGAGAAGCUAUUUGACCUCAGCCCAUAAGUAAGGACAGCAGCCUGGGGAUCAUCAUAUAAAGCUUUCACCCAUUUUAUAAAGUUGUCCCCUAGACCAUAUUUAUUUAGAGCAAAUAAUAGUUAAGACCACUCCACACGAUCAAAUGCUUUCUCAGCAUCUAGGAAGAGCACAAGACCAUCCAUAGCACUUUGUUGGUAGGCUUGAAUUACAUUAAGAAGCCGCCUGACAUUGUUGCAUGACUUACAGCCCUUAAUGAAGCCAGUUUGGUCUCCUUUCACAAUUAGUGGCAGUGAGUCCUCUAAUCUUGUGGCUAGAAUUUUAGAAAGCAAUUUUCUAUCCACAUUCAGAAGGGAAAUUGGUCUGUACGAGGAACAAGACUGGACAUUUUCCCUUUUUGAGAAUAAGUGAAAUGUUGGCUUCUCUCGGUGUUUGAGGGAGCUGGUCAUUUGAAAAUGAGUGGUUAAACAUAUCACGCAAUGGCUCAAGGAUCAGGCCAUGGAACUCUUUAUAGAACUCACUACAAAACCCGUCUGGUCCUUGGGCCUUGCCAUUUUGCAGUUUCUUAAUUGCGAACAUGAUCUCUUCCUUGGUAAUAGGGGCAUUAAGGAGAGACCUCUGUUCUUCGGAGAUAGUAGGGAGCUCAAUCUUACAAAAGAAGUUCUCCAUUAAUUUGGGUGCAUCCUUUGGCAGUUCUGAGGCAAACAUUUGUAUAACAUUUCUUAAAUGAGUCACUUAUCAAUCAUUUAUAUUAAAAUAAAUUACCAUCAGAAUCAGUAAUAGUAGCAAUUGACUGAGAGUCAGCUCUCUUUUUAGCUAGGUAUGCCAAGUACUUUCCUGGCUUAUCGCCUUGUUCAUAUAGCUUUUGCCUGACAAAUCUCAUUUUCUUUUCAGCGUCCUGUAUUAGGAGAGAGUAUAACGUUGAUCUAAUGACUGAUAUUUCCUUUAAUAGGGCAGGAGUGGGAGUUUUAAUGUAGUCCUUCUCUUUAGUUCCUAAUUCACCCUCUAACAUUUUUUGCUUUUCACGCUUUUUCCGUCUAUAAUCAGACCCCUGGCAUACGGUCUCCCAAAGGAGCGAGGGGUUAUCUUUUGAUUGAGAGUUAAUAGAGAAAAAUGCUUUAAACUCUGUAAUAAAAUAUGAUGUGAAUGUAUGGUCUUUAAGAAUGGUUGUAUUCAACCUCCAAUGUCUUGACCGAUUGAAUGCCCCGUUGAGUUUUAUGACCAGGAUCACCCCAGCAUGAUCAGAUAUGAAUAUGCUUCCUAUCCUAGCGGAUAAAACAGACUGCAAAGACGUCCUGGGCAUAAAAAGGUAAUCUAUUCUAGUCUGACAUCCAUGAGGUGCAGAGAAAAAAGUGAACUCUGUUGGAGGGAUGAAAAGCUCUCCAGACAUCCGCAUACCCCAGAUCAUCACAAAUAGCUUUAAGUGACUUAGCUUGUGGAGAGAGUGAAGCUAUACCGCUUGGAAACUUAUCAAUAAGGGGGUUCAACAAGCAGUUAAAAUCUCCUCGAACCACUGCAGUGUCCGAGUUUAAUUCUGAAAAGUCUAGAAAUGCCUUAGUGAGGAAAUCAGGGGGGUGAGCAGGGGGGAAGUAAAUAUUCAUUAUGGAAAUGUUCUGCCCUUGUAAAGUACCAUUAAUUAUAACAAAGCGAACAAAUGUAUCUUUCACACAAUUCAAGACCUUAAGUGGUAAGUUCUUUUUCACCAGAAUUGCUACACCUCUACUUCUGGAUGUAAAUGAUGAGAAAAACACUUGACCAAACCCCCUUGUUGUAAUGUCAGGUGCUCCUUAUCAUCCAAAUGAGUUUCUUGCAACAGGGCAAUAUGAAUAUUUUCUUUUUUCAAAAAAGACAGUACCUUCUUCCUUUUAAUGGGGUUAUGGCUCCCUCUAAUGUUCCAUGUACAUACACGCAGUCUGUUACCUGCCAUUGUGUCUUGACCAUUCAAUAUCCAGACUGGAUCCUACUGUAAAAGUGGGCUGGUACCUUUUUCCAUGUGUUGAACUCUCCUCUAUCUCACCGAGCAUAAACAAACGAUAUGAGCCCUGAACUCGAACUAUACUAAACCCCAAAAUUAAACAUGUAAAGAUCCAAAGGGGGGUUUUCCCACUAGCUAACAUGCAGGAGAUUUCAACUCUCCAAUGUAGACUCUUAAGUCCGCAUUGCCGCUCAAUAGCCUCAUCCUUUAUAUGUAUGGAAAAGAAAAUCAAUAGAAGAAGAUUGAGGCUCUUCCACCUAAAACCAAGCCUGGGCACCAAUAUGGAUUCACACAUAUCUCAGCCUGAGCUAUAGUGGCCAUUACUUUAGCAAGAAAAAUAAUAAAGAUACGAAUAUUACUGAACCGGAGUACAUGAGGACUCACAGCACUGUUUCAUGAUCAGAUUCAACCAAAAAUAAAAACGUUAUCCAAUGCUGCGGAGGUGCAGCUUAAAGUUAUUUACCAGAGAGAGUCAAUAAACGCAGCAGCCUCUUCAGGUGUGUAGAGCUUUUUAGGCGAUCCGUUGACCAUAAUCUUCAAUGUGGCCGGGUACAACAGUGCGUAGUCCAUCUUCAUUCUCCUGAGUCGAGCCUUCGCCUCAUCAAACGCUUUGCGUCUUCGUACAACCGCAGUGGAAUAAUCAUUGAAGAAUGAGACCUUUGGACUUUUAAGUUGACUAUCAUCAGAGCCGAUGUUUCUAGCCGCAUCCAUGACGCGCUGCUUGUCGGUGAAGUUGUGGAACUUUAUUACCACUGGUCGUGGGCGCUGGUUGGGACCGGGUAUCGGUGCUUGAGAGCGAUGGGCUCUGUCCAGCUUCACACGACCAGCCUUAGUGUCCAUUUGUAGGUAGCCAGGGAUCCAUUCCUCAAAAUUUUACUGAACGUGUCCCUUCAGAAUUUUCCGGGAGUCCCACAAGAUGAAUAUUGCAUCUGCGUCCUCGAUUAUCCAAGUCGUCAAUGUGCUCCGCCAUUUCGCGCACCUGUUUCUCAAGUGCUUUUAUCUUAGCGUCCAGAGAUGUAGUUGACGUUUCCACUGCAGCAAUUCUUCCUUCCGCCUCAACAACACGUUUCACAACGCUCUGUAUUUCAGCUGAAUGGCCUGCUAUUGCUUCCAAGACCGUUCUUAUCUUAACAUCUAUCACUUUAGUAAUGUUAUCAGUCAUCUUUUGAAUCACCAGGUCCAUUGUGCCUGGAUCCGCAAUGGUGUUAGCUUCGCUAACGUUAGCUAGCUCCUCAUGCACAUCUACAGGGGUGGUGGUUUUGGUCGGAACAAACAGGGAACCUAGUCAACAGAGAGUUGCUGUAGACUAGACCAGGGUUUCCCAACCCCCCCCCUCCCUCCCAGUGGUCUAGAAUGGAGAUGACAAGCGCCUGGAUUAGAACCUGCGCCGCUUCCUGUCUGAGGAAGGGUCAUACUCUACCGGCUGGAGUGAGUCACUGCUUUGAUUUUUGCCGAAAAUGACAGGGUGUUUUCCAGGGUCACUCCAAGGUUCUUUGCAGUCUGGGAGGGGGACACAGUGGAGAUGUCAACCAUGAUGGAGAGGUCUUGGAGCGGGCAGGCUUUCCACAGCAGGAAGAGCAUCAACAUCUUGUUGAGUUUGAGGUGGUGGGCCGACAUCCAAGUUGAGAUUUCUGCCAGACACACAGAGAUGCGUGUGUAUGUGUGGUUUUUCAUAUAUGUUGUAUUUAAUAAACAUAAAAUGGGACUUUUCA